AUGCCCCCGCUCCACCCCGCACAUCCCCACGCCCAACUCGAUCCCAACGCGCCGCCGCCGCUCCCGCCGCCGCCGGCCGAGUCGUCCUCCGCAGGCAGCCCGACCGCGAACGGCAGCAAGGCGUCCCGCCAGCUCAGCAACAGCAAGCGCGCAGAGCAGAACCGCAAGGCGCAACGCGCCUUUCGCGAGCGUCGUGACGCAAAGGUUCGCGAGCUCGAACAGCGCAGCGCGUUGCUCGAUAGCGCCCUCGCGAGUGCCGACGAGGCGAAUCGUCGGUGGGAGGAGUGCCGUGCACUCGUCGACCAGCUCAGGGUCGAGAAUGCUGCACUCAGGGCGGCACUUACGCAGGCGCAGAUGGCGAAUGCAGGUGUGGUGGUUGAUGGGAAGGAGGGCGAGGACGGGGUCGCUGUUGGUGGCGAUGGAGAGUAG